CGCCUGGCUCGGCCUGAGGCUUUGCCUCUGCCCUCGCCAUCGCUCUCGCCGUCCGCGGCAGCAACCAAGCUGGUUACUGACCUCUUAAGUCAGCGAAAUGAACACAACUUUAAUGCUGCUGUCUGCAUGCUCUUCGCUUGAAAUCUUCACGUACUGAUGCUCCUUUUGGUUUCCCUGCCAUUAAUGUAUCUGUGAAAACCUCGACUUGCAAAAUGAAUAAAGAUGCCCAGAUGAGAGCAACCAUUAACCAAAAACUGAUAGAAACAGGAGAGCGAGAACGCCUUAAAGAGUUGCUGAGAGCCAAGUUAAUUGAAUGUGGCUGGAAGGAUCAGUUGAAGGCACAUUGCAAAGAUGUAAUUAAAGAAAAAGGAUUGGAGCAUGUUACUGUCGAUGAUUUGGUGGCAGAAAUCACUCCCAAAGGCAGAGCCUUGGUACCGGACAGUGUAAAGAAAGAACUCUUACAAAGAAUAAGAACCUUCCUUGCCCAACAUGCCAGUCUUUAACUUUGACAGUGUCUUGGAUAUGGUAUUUCUGUAUUAUGUCAAUCGUGUCGGGACUGGAAUGCACUUUCCAUACUGAAGGAUUGAAGUUCACUAAUUUUUUUUGUAUGAGUUGAAAUUCCAUUGCACUGCAUCAGUUUCUUAAAUUUGGUGUUAUUUUAAUAAAAGAAAAGCUUUUGUGGACUUAUGA